GUCUUCGGCCUCCACUCAUCCCGCGAAGGCGUCCUCCUCUCCCUCCGCCCCCCAUCCUCCCCCCAAGGGGUGGUGAUAACGAUGGAACUCCGCCGCAAAUCAGGCCGCGUCGUCCAAGAGAAGUUCGUCCUCUUCCCGUCACCCCCAACAACAACCGCUCAACACCGACAACAAACAAAGGGUGUCGGCGGAGUGAUCCUCCUGUCUGACCACCCCGCUUUUUCCACAGCAACAACGGAAGAGGAGGGGGAAGGAAUCCAAGCUACCUUCAACCUCGGCCUCACCGAAAAACAACGCCGCGACCGCGAAGGCGUUGUUCUCCCCUACUUUGACGCCCAGACCGAGGUGGGUGGGGGGGAGGGGGGCAGGAUAUUGUAUGACAUGGGGAGGGAGGACGAUUUUGAUGAGGAGGAGGAUGAGAUUUAG